AUGUAUAACCGACAGUAUAACCAGCCCAAUCAAACGACUCCAACUUCACAGAGGAGCGGCUACCCUUACAAUCAAAAUUUUCCUCAACAAGCACAGCAAGCCCUUCAGCACUCGGGUUUAUCUGCGCAUGGAACCUCAUCACAGUUCAAUGCAUUUAAUCCAAUGUCAAGUUAUAACAAUUCUCGAAUGAGCAAUGAAUUACGUAGCAGCUAUGUCAGCUCCCAUCAGCCACAGCAGCAGUCACAACCAACGCACAUUCAAUCAUGGCAUAAGGGUUGGAGUACAGAUAUGGGUGCACCCGGUGGUACAAAUUCUCAGGCUAAUCAUAGUAUGCUAUCAAGUAGUAUCUAUGGGAGUGGUGGUGCAACCGGAAGUAAUACCGGUAACUUUGCCCAGAGCACGAAUUCCAGUUUGUUUGGGACGUCCGCCCAACAACAGCAACAACCACAAGCCACAUCUCGUAGGAUGCAAGCUCCGGUACAGACGAUUGCCAAUCGAUUGGGCGGUGAUGCCCACGCUUAUUCGAGUCAUCAAUCCCCAAUUGGCGCACCUUCAAUAACCUCAUUGGCUGCCUUCCACACUUCCCCUACACCCGCCGCUCAAACGCCGCAACAUGCGGCCACUCAUAACAGUAGUAUGCUUGCUCUCCCCACACCCACAAACUCGUCGUCGGUUGCGUCUUCGUUGCUCCGUCAGCAGCAACCGCAAUUGUACUCGAUGGAUACGAGCAACAGUAUGAGCAGUUUGGGUGGCAUGAGUAACAUGGCGUCAAUUACCAGCAUGGGGUCCCUGAGUAAUGUUGGUUUCCAGAGACAGGCAAUUGUGAACGAUGGAAGUAACCUCGGUUCAUUCGGUGUGGACGUUGAUACCUCGGGUGAUCUAGACACAGAAACGUUAAUGGAAAAUUCGAUGGUGUCCUCGUCUUCUCUGGCAUCCAACACUCCCUCCGCACAAACCUCGAUUUCACCAAAUGGUCAGCAAACAUACCUGAGUAAUAAUAUCAAUAGCCGUUAUUCUCACACUCCGGUCUCAUCGCCAAGCACCUCAAUCAGCAGCAUCACCGACUCGACCGUCGUCGGUCAUUCGUCGGUCGCCUCGGUGAAUAAUCCGAUCAUCAACAAACGUACAUCGUCGGACACAAACAGUAUGUAUGGCACCAGCACCAUUUCCGGCAUGGCUCAUUCGAGGAGUGCGGUUUAUGGUGGUUAUAUGAUGAGUAGUCAAAUUGGUUACUCCCCCCAACAAUCGACCACCACCUCCCAACAAUCUCAGCAAAAACAAAUCCAGCAACAGUUGCAACAAAGUCAAACCCAUCAACAGGCCCGAAGUCCUUAUCAAAGUUACACCGCAUCCCCGCAUCUUCAACAACAGCAACAGCAGCAAGUGCAUCAUAGAUCAAGCAUCAGUCAGGCAGCAUCCAGUCCUAAU